GUUCAAAUCUGGUCUCAGACAGUAGCUGUGUGGUCCUGGAUUACCUAAAAUGGAGGCACCUACGUAGGAGACACCAGAGACCUGCUUUUGAGAGAAGACAUCCUGCAUUCCCCUAACGCAUGGGUCUGCUCCUGUUGCUGAGGCUGUGGCUGCCCCUCCUCCCUCCUGGCCCCUGCAGGUGUGUCUCCAGGUUCCCUGGCUUCAUUCUCCACUCCUUACCCAGACUUGGGACUGAUCAGUCACCCUGUCCCAGAUCUCCAGUUGGUCCCACUGACAGUGACAGAGAAUGGAAGCCUCAGAAGGCACAAGAAGCAACGGGGCCAGCCCCGAGGCCAGGGAUGCCCGAAGCCCCCUAAGCACCAAUGGCAAUGUGGAGAAUGGCGGUAAGGUCGAAGCCAAGGAUACCAAGGCUACCAAUGGGCAUGUCGGGGAAGGUGCUGAGAACAAAAACCCAGGGAGUCCCCUGAAACAUGGGGAGGGAAGGAGCACCUUGUUUUCUGGUAAUGACUGGAGGAAACCGAUCAUCCAGUUUGUUGAGUCUGUAGAUGACAAGAGUUCCAACUACUUUAGCAUCGACUCUGUGGACAAGAGGUCCCCUUAUGCUGGCCUCCAGUUGGGGGGCUCAAAGAAGCCACCCGUAACCUUUGCAGAAAAGGGGGAGCUGCGUAAGUCCAUUUUCUCUGAGUCCAGGAAGCCUGUGGUGUCCAUCAUGGAGCCUGGGGAGGGGAGAAGGAACAGUUACCCCCGUGGGGGAGACUCAGGCAUCCUCCUUCGGCCCAAGUCCAGUUCAGAGGAGAUCCUGUGCGACUCCUGCAUAGGCAACAAGCAGAAGGCUGUCAAGUCUUGCCUGGUAUGUCAGGCCUCCUUCUGUGAACUGCAUCUCAAGCCCCACCUGGAGGGAGCCGCUUUCCGAGACCAUCAGCUGCUGGACCCCAUCAGAGACUUUGAGGCCCGGAAGUGCCCCCUGCAUGGAAAGACCAUGGAGCUCUUCUGUCAGACAGACCAGACCUGCAUCUGCUAUCUCUGCAUGUUCCAGGAGCAUAAGAAUCAUAGCACGGUGACUGUGGAGGAGGCCAAAGCAGAGAAGGAGACAGAGCUGUCUUUGCAAAAGGAGCAAUUGCAACUGAAGAUCAUUGAGAUUGAAGAUGAAGCUGAGAAGUGGCAGAAAGAGCGAGACCGAAUUAAGAGCUUUACCACCAAUGAAAAAGCCAUCCUGGAGCAGAACUUCCGCGAUCUAGUUCGGGACCUUGAAAAACAGAGGGAUGAAGUUAGGACAGCGUUGGAGCAGCGGGAGCAAGAUGCCGUGGACCAGGUGAAGGUGAUCGUGGAUGCAUUAGAUGAGAGGGCCAAAGUCCUACAAGAGGAUAAGCAGACCAGAGAGCAGCUGCACAGUAUCAGUGACUCGGUGCUGUUUCUUCAGGAAUUCGGGGCACUUAUGAGCAAUUACUCCCUUCCCCCACCUCUGCCUACAUACCACGUCUUGCUGGAAGGAGAAGGCCUGGGUCAGUCACUGGGUAACUUCAAGGAUGAUCUACUCAAUGUAUGCAUGAGACACGUGGAGAAGAUGUGCAAAGCAGAUCUGAGUCGAAACUUCAUCGAGAGAAAUCAUAUGGAGAAUGGGGACCAUCGCUAUAUGAACAACUAUGCAUCUGACUGGGGCCAGUCAGAUACCAUGAAGAGAUAUUCCAUGUACCUCACACCCAAGGCUGGGGCCAGGACAUCCUAUCAACCUUCUUCUCCAGGCCGCCUCACCAAAGAGAUCAAUCAGAAGAACUUUAACAAUCUCUAUGGAACCAAAGGUAACUACACUUCCAGAGUGUGGGAAUAUUCAUCCUCCAUUCAGAGCUCUGAUGAUUUGCCCGUUGUCCAAGGCAGCUCCUCUUUCUCCUUGAAAGGUUACCCCUCCAUCAUCAGAAGUCAGAGUCCCAAAGCUCAGCCACAGACUUGGAAAUCUGGCAAGCAGACCUUGCUGUCGCACUACCGUCCUUUCUAUGUCAACAAGGGCAAUGGUGUGGGUUCCAAUGAGGCCCCUUGAGCUUCCCGAACAGGAGUGAGACACCAAGAGACCACCUGACCCUUCCCCGGUUGUACCUGCUACUACUAUCUACUCAGCUACUGCUUUGUCUCUAGGGGGUCUGGGCUGGUGGGGAACAUGACCUUCCAAGGAUUGUCCUCUCUCUCCCCUCCAGCUUUCCCGGUCCUCCAACCUCUCUGACAAUCCUAGAGUAUGUCAGCGACUCCCCCCUUAGCUAUACUGUGCUUGGUCCCCUGUCUGCUCAGGCCCCUUUGUCCUCUGCUUUCCCUGAAGUCAGAGAGGACUCUGCUACCUGUCUCAUUUUAUGGGUCAAGAUAUGGUUCACAGAAGGAACUCUCCCUCCACCCUCCUCUCCACACCCCCCCCCCCCACCAUAGUAAGUCCUUCUGCAGACCCUGGGAUGGCAGCUCUGGAGGUAGGCACCUAUUUGGCACCAGCCUGCCAUUCCUGACUGACCUUUCCUCUGUCUCCUUAGCUCAGCCAAUAUCUUGGUUUUCCCCCCAGAACUGCCAAUAGUCAUCCUCAUGGGUGACCUGAGAGGGCUGCAUACCUAGCAGACAAAACUUUCUGUUCUUCCACAAAUGUAGACACUGUCUCACUCUUGUCAGCUCAUGUCCUUGACUGGGCAAGACUGACUUCCCUCAGACUCAAGCUGAUUUUUCUUAUGCCCAGGCCUACCCAGGAUUUCUGAUCUUGCCUGAAGAGGGCAAAGUUCCUCCUAUCUGGCUAGAGGCUGGUUUCCUACACAGUCAGAGGAGUUUGACGCUUUUGUCAUUGUGCCAAACAGGCCCAGGGUCCCUGAACAGGGAUAAGAGAUAAGUCACCCCCAUUCAGGAAACCUCUGUCUCUCCAAGGGAGGCUGUGGCUCUUCAGCAAUGACAGGCAGGUUGCUUGGCUCUUAUGCCUCCCCAGUCCUUCUCUCUGUGGCCAGAAUGGGUAAUGCUCCUCACAGUGCCUUCCCCAGCCUUGCAAAUAGCUGCUAGCCUGGUUGCCUUGGGGUUGAGUAAUUCAUUCUUUCGCAUAAUGCAGAAUAUAAAAUGGGGUGGAGUGGGUAGGAAGGGGAAAUACUGGUGGUGAAUGAAAAUGACUGGGCUGGUACUUAGUAAGCACUUAGGUAAAAAUAUGCUCCUACCCUCCCUCCCUAUGCCCACCUUGGCCAGAGUCGCCAUCCCUCUUUCCCUUUGACUGGUCUCACUGCUGGGAGCUGCGCAGCACCUCAGCUUUCCCCAGGCCUGGCGGAGAGAGGGUCUUGAGAAGAAAAAAAAUCAACAACACACAAAACCAGGAAGAGUCUGAGUCUGCACACUUGACCCCCCCCUCCCCAC